GAGGCGGGGUCUGGGUAAGAGGCGGUGUCUAGUUAAGAGGUGCGGGGUCUGGGGAAGGGGCGGAGUUUCGGGAAAGGGACGGGCCUGGAACAGGUCCAGGUCUACAACAGCGCCUCGGGUCGCCGGGGCUUCUGGGGCUCUUCCAGGGCUGGUGCGCGUGCCCGAGAGUGCGCCGUAGCAAUUUUUGAGAAGGCAGCUAGGGCAAGGGGCGGUGAGGUCGGCCCGCUUCACCCGCUGGGACAGCGGUUUCGGCGGCUCCUCUCGGAAUUGGCACCAGAGCGUGACUGAACGGAGGCCUGGACAGGAGUCGCGCUCGCAGGAUAUCUGUUUGUGUUUCUGUCUUUUGGGGGACACGGGAGGAAAGGAGAAUAUUUUUCUGUGCUAAGAAAGGAAAGCAAAACUAGAAGGAAUUCGUAUUUGUUUUUCUUAGUCUCUCCAGGAACUGAAUUUUGGCUUUGUGUCUGAAGCUCCUGGAACUUUUCUUUUUAUUGUGAUAGUACUUGUCUCAAAUUAUGCUGCCUGUAGUACACAGGUGCUUAGCGCAAGCCUAAGAAUUAUUGGAAUCCUCUAAUAAGACACAUUUAAACUACAGUGGGAGUUCUACCUAGGAAGAUGCAGUUUCUGGACAAGUUGAAGGCCUUCUCCAAACCUCAGAACCUGGUUCUGCAUGAAAUAUGUGAGGUUCUGAGGACAAAUGUGUCUUGGCAGCAAGAAAACAUUCCCAUGGUGAAGACCUAUGACUCUGAAGCAUCUCGUCAAAAGUUCAGACAUUUCCAGUAUUCAAAAGUGUCUGAGCCCUAUGAAGCCCUGAGCCAACUAUGGGAGCUCUGUCUUCAGUGGUUAAGACCAGAGAUUCAUACAAAGAAACAGAUCCUAGAACUGUUGGUGGUAGAACAAUUCCUGGCAAUCCUCCCUGAAGAAGUCAGGUUUUGGGUGAAUUUACAACAUCCAAAGAACAGCAAAGAAGUGGUGAGCCUCAUAGAAGAUGUGAUUGAAAUGCUUAAAGAUGAAGAUACACUCUGCAAGGACUCUGCCCUCCAAAACGGGAGUGUACAGGAGGAGAAACAGCAAGCUGACUCACUCCAGGAACCAGUGACAUUCAAAGAUGUAGUUGUGGAAUUCAGCGAAGAAGAGUGGGGGCAUCUGGACCCUGCUGUAAAGAACAUGUACAGGGAUGUGAUGCUGGAGAACUAUAGGAACCUGAAUUCAUUGCAUAAAGCACAUGUACUUGCCAAACCAGCUGAGAUACCCAAGUUGGAGAAUAAAAUAAAAAGAUGGAUAAUGGAGGAAGAAAUCCCAAGAACAACUGUUUUGGACAUGAAGACUAUUUCAGAAAACCAAGAUUCAGUUCCAGAGCGGAGUACUUCCAGAGAAGAAUCAUCUCAUGGAGUGACUGUGACAAGGCUUAUGGAAAGUGAACAUCUUCCCUUAGAUGUCUGGAAUAGUGAAGAUUGGUUAUAUAGGAAUCAGAAAGAAAAGGAUAUAAAUUUGUCACCAGAAGCUUUUAUUAAUAUAACAUCCUACACUGAGGAGGGAGACUCUGAAUCCAGUGAAAACAAGAAAAGCUUUGAUGUUAACUCAGUUAACUCAAUUUAUGACAGACAACAAGGAAUUCCUGUAAGAAAGGGGUCUCCAAAGUAUGAGAAGUUUAAAACUAACCUUGGAUUUAAUUCAGUAGAUAAGCCACAUUCAGAGUAUGAUGAAUGUGGGAAUGCCUUGAACCUGAGUACAGAUAUUAUUCGACACCAAAAAAGUCAUACUACGAUGAAUUCCUAUGAAUGUUAUCAGUGUGGAAAAGCCUUCAGCAGAAGGUCAUCCCUUACUCGACAUCAGAUAAUUCACACAGGGGAGAAACCCUAUAAGUGCAGUGAAUGUGGAAAAUUCUUCAACCGAUGUACAAACCUUAUUAAGCAUCAAAAAAUUCAUACUAAAGAAAAGUCACUUAAAGACGGUAAAUGUGAAAUAGCCCUCAGUGAGAGUGAAGACAAUGGUAAAAAACCAAGACUUCAUUCUGGAGAUAAUUUCUAUGAAUGUGUUGACUGUGGAAAGUCUUUCAACAGGAGCUCCUCCCUUAUUCGACAUCAAAUGAUUCAUACAGGAGAGAAACCAUUCAAAUGUAAGGAAUGUAAGCAGUCUUUCAAUAGGAAUUCAAACCUUUUUAGACAUCAAAGACGUCAUACUCAAAAAGUUCUGAAAAAGGAAGUGCAGGAUUACUUUCAGUAAUGUAGAAACUCAUUGAGCAUUCAUGAAUUUAUGCUGCAGGGAAUCCCAUGAAUGUAAUAAAUGAAAGAAAAUUUUGUCAAAGAUUGUUCUUUAAAUGAUAUGGCAAAAUUAUAUUGGAUUGAAACCUAUUACUGGAAAGAAUCUGUUUGGGGGAGGGUUGCUAGCUCCUUAACAAAGCCAUAAGGGUUUCAAGGUAUGCAUAUUAUCAUCAUACGAGUCUUUGUCUAUCAAUAUUUUCAUAUCCAUUACCCUCACCAUUUCCUAGUUUAUAAAUAGGACCUAUAACAUAUUCAUCUGAUUUAUUGAUGAAGUAGAUAUUAGGGAGGAGAUAAGCAAUACCCUUGGAAUUGUUAUUUAAUAAAACUCAAAACUGUUAGUGCUGAUAAGGGAUAAGGUCAGAAGAAAUCAAACUCAUGAGAAUACAGAAGAACAGUUCCGAAGACUGAAAUCUCUGAAUUAAUGACAAAGAGCAUAAUGACAACCAUUUACACCACCCCGGACAAUAUCCUUAGCUAUCUUGGUGCUAAAUCGGGACUAGAAUUGGGAUAGUGUUAUCAACUGCAACAGGAAAAGGAUGUGUUCUAUAAUCUGUAUUUUUUUUUUUUUUUUUUUUUUUGCAGUUUUUGGCUGGGGCUGGGUUUCAACCUGCCGUCUCUCAUGUAUGGGGCCAGCGCCUUACUUCUUGAGCCACAGGCGCCACCCUAAUUUGUAUUCUUAACAUCUUCAUUCUUUUUUUUCUUUUUGAGAUAGUCUCUGUUGUCCAGGCUAGAGUGCCAUGGUGCCAGACUCGCUCACAGCAACCUCAGACUCCUGAUUCGGGCAAUCCACCUGCCUCCUCCCAAGCAGCUGGGACUAUGACACCUGGCUAAUUUUUUUCUGUUUUUAGUAGAAAUGGGGUUUUGCUUUCGCUCAGGCUGGUCUCAAACUCCAGAGCUUAAGGGACCCUCCCGCCUUGGCCUCUUGGAAUGUUAGGAUUACAGGUGUGAGCUACUGCACCUGGCCAAAAUCCUUUUCAUUCAGUAAUUUGUUGUAACAUUGAUGAGAAAAAUUGAUUCCUGGCCAGGGCCUCUAUGUGGAGUUUGCCUGUUCUUACUUUGUGUGCAUGGGUUUUCUCUGAGUACUCCAGUUAUUUCCCAAAUCCCAAAGAUGUGCACUUCCAGUUCAUUGGUGUGUCCAAAUGAGUCUGAGAAAACUGAUGCUAUGACUACCUGCAGAAUCCAUGACUUGCUUUGAUAAUGUUUUAAUAUUUUGACAAUGUCAUUAUGAACACGUAAUUAUUAAAAUAGAGUACUAUAGGUUAAAGAAGAAAUUUGUUGGUCAGAUUUCUCUGGCUGUGAACCAGUUUUGUUUUGCUUUUUUUCUUUUUCUCACAUAAAAACAGAUUAUUUCUUCAUGGAACAUCUGUAAAAAUUUUAAUGAAUUCUUCUAAACCCCAAAACUUUUUUUUCCUUGUUUGAAGAUGUGAUGAAGUUACAAUACCCCGUGCCUUCUACAUCUAUCCUUCAACAUUUUUUUACAAAGCACUGUUAGAAGCUGAAGAUACUGGGGAACCCAGAGCCUGUAUAAUAUGGUCCACACACCCCAUCCUUUAGAGAAAUUAGGUGGAUCCCAAACCAUUUUCACUCUUGUUCCAGAAUCCAGUUGGACCUGGCUCAGCUUCAUUGUUUGCAAUUGCAGAAGCUAUAGGAAGCUCAAACUCCUGAGCCGUAAGGACACCUUCAUCAUGUGCAUCUAGAUUUGUAGCUUCAGCACUUUGAGAAAAUUAAGCUUUAACUUUUCACCCCCUGAAGCCUGUUCAGUUGGGGAGAGAAUGGCAGGCUUGAAGGCUGAAAUUGCCACCGAGGAAAGAAAACCCAGUUCUUCCCUAAGGAAACCCUACACUUACGGCUGCCUACCCCACAGCUCUACUGAAGCUGGAAGACAGCUCCUGCACACAGCUUUGGCUAAGUCGGGCUACUGAAGUAGCUGUGGGCCUGACUGACCUAGCUGACCUGUCCUCUAGUUCAUGUGCCUUACCUGCCCUAUAGUCUUACUCCCUCAGCUUAUCCUGGAAUCUGCAAGCUUUCCUGAGAAAACUGGUAGCCAUUUUGUCUUGUAGGUUACUCUAAUUUUUCUUGGAAAUGCACAGUGACCUUCAGGUCCCAGUGCCUUGAAAAGCAUUCGCCUUUUAGUGACUGAUGGCCUGGUGAGACUCCUGGCUGGGCUCUCUUCUUGGUGUCUUCGGCAAAUUGUGAACUUCUGUGCCACUCAUAAUUUCUCUUGACCACACAGUAAGACCUUUCUUGAAAUGGUUAUGAAACUAAAAGAACAUUAAACUUUUGGGAAGACCUCUCAAAUAGUGUGCUGUGAAAAUUAAUACUUUAUAUAAGAUAGGUACUAUUCUAGAGAUAAAAGGUAAAUUUGUUUAGGGGAUCUUAGGAGUCAUUUCAACACCUUUAUUUUAUAGCCAAUGACUACAUGUAUAGGCAAGCCUACUUAAGCUCAGAGAGGUCAAAUGAUUAUCCCAUCCUAGACUGUCAAUAAAAGAUCCUAGAUCAGACCCUACUCGGUCCUGCUGAUCUUUCAGCCACUGUGCUAAAAGGAAACUAUUUCAAAGAAUGGUAGAGUGCUAAUUCAUUUGACAAUUUUAAUGUUCAGUGAAAGAUACCCAUACAGGUACAGUCAUUGUGGUCUGUAUUCUAAAUUCUAGUACCUGCUUAGAUGAAAAGAAACACUAUAGUAGUGCCUUUUGGAUUGGAUCACAUACUGUAUUUUGCCAGGUAUAAUGCAUACUUUUUUCCCCCAAAUGUUUGAAGGAAAAAUAAGGGUGUGUAUGAUACAUGGGCAGUAAUACUUCUGUAUUUAUUUAAAUGUUUUUAAUUAUUUCAUGAUUAUGCAUUGAAAAUGUAACUUGUACCAUAGUAUGUUAAAAAUAAGUGCUAAAAUUCCUGUAUAAUACAAAAAAAGUACCUAAAUGUAAACAUGUAAAAAUUUGAAUUAAAAAAUUUAAAAAAAAUUUUCCUGAAAGUUUGGACCAAAAACAUAGGGGUGUUUUAUACAUAAGAGCGCAUUAAUCUAUGGCAGAAUACAGUAGUUUCCAGCUUCUGCAUAGCUAAUACAAUAUUCCAUAAUAUUAGUAUGUAAUCAAUCAAUUUGAUAGGCAUUUCUGACAGGAUCUGCCUGACUCUGAUACUUUUCUUACCAGAAUUGCUGAUGACAGUCUUCAUUACUCCCAGUUCACAGUGACCUAAUGAUUAUAAGUUUGUUGACAUUAGGUAGAAGUAUCUCCUGACUUAAUAAAAACUAAUCCAAGGUUAGGAAGCCUAAUUCUUAAUUCCUAGGCUAUGUUUAUUUCUAAAACUUUGCAUUUUGCUCACUUUGCUUGAAACACUUUUACCCCCUCCCUUCCAACUCACCCCUCAAGUUUUUGCACUUUAGUCUGGUGAAAGGUUAGAACCACUCUAUCUGGAAAGCCUACCUUGACUAAGUUUGGGUGUGACUAUUCCCAUGGCACAAUUUGGAUUUCAUAUUAUUAAGUUGAAAAAACUAGUCCUUUAAGAGUAGUUCAAAUCCCAACAUAAAAACAUUAAUCUGGAUAGACUGAUUUCACUAUCCCUAAAACACUAUGUGUUCAACUACAAGUUUUUACUAGAAAUCCUGUCUAUAGUAUUUUGGUCAUUUUACCUAUUAAGAUACUAUGUUCACUAUUAAGAUACUAUUUUUAAAAUUACCUUAUAAUAUAUUCAUCACACUCCAAAUAUAUCCAAGAUUUGAUUACUUUUCUCACCUACACUGUUAAUGCUAUUUAACAACUUAUGUUUAGGGAUUUACUGCAAUUUGAAUUGCUGGCUGGGCUGCAGCCUCUAUCUUCAGCAAAUUCUUAACAUAGCAUUCAGAAUAAGCAUGUUAAAAAUGUUAAGUUAGAUCAUGUCACUUGAAGCUUCCAGUGACUUCAUUUUACUCAGAGUGAAAGACAAAACCCUUACAAUGACAUGAAUCCCAUGUUAUCUUUAGCCUCAAUCCCUUAUUUUCCUCCUCCCUAGAUACAUUCCUAGCCUCAGAGCCUUCGAACUUGCUGUACAAUCUACGUGGAAUUCAUUCUCCCUAGAGAACUCCAUGGCUCACUUGCUCCCUCAACUCUUUUAGGGUAUUUCCUGUUUUUUCAGUGGGGCCAUCCUUGACCACCCCAUCUAAAACUACAAACUUCCUUACUACCUACCUGACGCUUCAAGUUUAAUGUCUUAUUUUUCUCCUUAGUGCACAUACACACAC